AUGUCCUCAUCAUCGUCACCAACUCCGACACGGCGAUUGUCGCUCUCUGCCCCAGAAGCAGCAACUACAGUGGCGGCUGCGGCUGCUGUAGUGGCUCAGCAGCUCGACAGCGACAGCGCAACCACUCCACACCACCACGACGACGACGUCAAUGGCAGGGACGCCGCCGCCACUGCAGACGAGCCAGGCAAGCCGAGGAGCAGAAGUUCGUCAAGGCGCAACAGCAUCAGCGCUGCAGUGGCACAGGCAGCAGAGAUUGUCGCUCGCCUGGUCCAGAGCACCGAUUCGGGAGCUGGCGUCGGCUUGGAUUCUGCUGAUGCUGCUGCUGAUGCUGCUGAUGCCGAUGCAGUCACAGAGGCUGAGAAUGACACGACAGAGCAUGACAUUGCCGAGGCACCGGCUGAAGAGGAGCCUGGCAUGCUCGCACAGGUCGCAGAGUCGUUCGUCACACCCGGAAUCAACGCCGGCGUCAUCAAGUUUAUGAACAUUGCUUUUGUCGGCCUGUUUCUCGCGCUCGGAUUCUGGCUGUAUGCAUCCGGUGCCAACAUUCACGUCAUUUUCCUGACUGUGAUUUCCGUAGCCUUGUUUGCCUCUGUCCAAUGGUUUUUGUUGUUACUCGGGUCACCCCAAGCACCCACGCCAGCACCAGAAGCACACGCAAAGACAGACUGAUUUUUGUUUUCCUGUUCCAAACAGAUUCUUUUCGCACACUUGUCAGACUGAUGGUGGUACAUUUUUACUGGUUAACAUAACGGAUUCUCAA